GCAUUGCCCCUUCGCGUCUGCGCGGUUGACACAUUGACCGUGACUUUAAAAAACUCAAAAUGUUUCGUCUGCUUGUCGCCACCGCUAUUUUCGCGAUAGCCCACGCGAGGCCAGGUCUUCUCUUCGCCCAACCCCUUCAUCCCAUAGGGGUUGAGUAUGCCCACCCAUCCGCCCCAGUGGUUCACCCACACCCGGCUGUGGAACUUAACGCGGCAAGCGAGGCCUUACUGCCAAGGGAACUGCUGAAGUCCCAUGACUUCUAUGACAACCCUGCGAUAGCUGCAGGUCUGGCCAAAGAGUCCUGGUUCACGAAUAAGGAGAUGCAGGUCGUGGAGAGAGAGGCUGAAAAGAUCCCGCGGGAGAAGAUUUACAAUAUUGUGAAGAAUGCUGGGUUCUUGGACCAGCAUUAGAAGGUUGGAACAUGAUCACAAUUAGCUUUGUCGGGUGGAAUGAUAGAAGAAUUACAUCUGUGCUCACUGAAGUACAUACAAAGUCAAACUUACUUUUUUGAGAGACACCAUGACAUGAAGAACAAGGACUCGACAAAAUAGUUGAAGUGUGUGAAAGUUUUAGUUUAAGAGUGAUAUCGAACAAUUCCUAGGAAUAAUGUUUUUUUGGUAAACUCGACGCAUUUUUUCUGAUGAUUUUAAUUUAUUAACAAUCCUGCUGACUUCGAAGGGAAGAUGAUUAUUUCUACUCUAACGCCGUUACCGCAUUUCUGGAAUUAUCUGUCUCUCUUACUCAUGGUAAGAUGCCGGUACAUGCGACAAUGACAGACGUAUCUGAAAAUACGGAAAUGGCCUUAGAUAGUAGCCCAAUACUACAUAUUUUACUUGUUAUACAUAUAAACGUUUGUUAUAAAGACUUAUACACGAUUCUUGAUUGAAGGUCGUUGAGUAAGUCAUCUUAUUUUUUUUAUUUUGAUGUUUGUGUGUGUUAUUGUAUUAUAUUGUUUUCUCAUCAUAGCAUUACCUGUGUUCACUCAAGUAGAAAAAUAGAUGUUUUGUCUAAUAGCAAACCUUAGAAUAAGUUUAUUAUAGAAAUUACUUAAGCUUUCCUUUUUGUCAAUAGAACUUACUUCAUUAAAGAAAGCUCUAUCCUAAUUACUACUUAAUUGUUUUAAUUAUAUCUUGUCUAGACUAGGACUUUAGGACUACAUUAUAAUAAUUUUAAUUGGUGUACAUGCUUCAAUAAUAGUAUAUUAUAAUAAUAUCUCAAGAACGAUUAUUUUAAUUAGGAUUUUUUGUAAAUAACUUUAAUAAUGUACAUUACGUCACCUGGUUUACCUUGUAAGUUGUAUUUAUCUGUAGUCUGUAGUCAUAAGGUAUUCAUAGUAAUUUAAUUAUUAUACGUAUUUUUGAAUACGAUUGUCGGUCAAUUAAGUUAUAAAUAUGCAUGCAUCUAUGUAAAUAAGAAAUAAAUUAAUAAAUUAUAUGCUUAGGCAUUUUGAGGUUAUAGUUAAACCGGUUUAAACUAUUAAGGAAAUUAUUUAAUGUUGUAGAAUUAAGAUGAUACUGUGAUCUCGAGCAAUAAGUGCGAAUUCGUAAGUUAUUGCUUAAUUGUUGUAAAUAAUAAAACAAAAUGUUUUGAUAA